AUGAGCGCCCCGCGCCUCUGCUACGUCCUCGUUCUGCUCACGUGGUGCACGCUCUGGCCCGCCUCCGGCGGGGACCAGGAGGCGCAAAUCGAGAGGCCGGCCAAAGACCCCCUACGCCACCGCCAGCAGAAUCAUCAGCGGCCCUCGUUCAUCGAGCGCAGGCUGAUCAUCGCGGACAGAUCGUUGCUCGACGAUCCUCGAGACGAGCAUCGAGAGGCCGGCCACCCAGAUCAGGCACGGCCGGUCGAGGGGCCGCCUGGUCGCGAGGAUCCAGCCAAGGCCGGACGACUCGAGGGCCGAGAACUCGUCCCUGACCGAGGAUCCCCGUCACUUACGAUCGGACGAGGUCGAGGGAGUGAUCCCUGGCCAGGCAACGAUCGACGAACGGUCCACCUCGGUCGAUCUCGACAAACUGCUCGCCAAACUGUCCGAGGCCGAUCGGAGGAAGGAGGCAGGGGGGAGGAGGAAGGGGGGCGAGUCACUGGAGAAACUGAGGAAGGCGAUGGCGAGGAACAGGUGGCGGGUGUAUCAUCAAGGGAAUCGGACGACGUUGCGAUUCCUGGACGGGGGAGGCGGAAUUCGACGGAGGUGUACGGCCACGUGGUGCACGGCUCGCGACACGGCGACGUGUCGAGGACGAGCACGAUUUUCGACGAGUACGAGGUCUACGAGGACGAGCGCGAGGACAAGGGCGGGUACAGGAACGGGUCUGAGAGCGGGGAGUACGAGGAUUACGGGGAGAGGGAGGGAUACGAUGGAGGGUCGUCGGGCGGGAGGAGGCCGGGCAAGGAGCCGGUCCACGUGGACAUCGUGACCAGGUUCCUCCGAAUAAUAGAGAAUCAGCAUCUGCUCGGCGAGAAUUGCACGGCUGGGACCGACUUGAACCUGGGCGAGGGGAUCGUGGACAGGUACGCCCAGGAAAAGUUCCGAUUGGAGGCGAAUCUGGCUGUGAACAGGGCCAACAUGCUCACGAGAUUGUGGAAGUACGCGCCCGAGGUGAUGCUCUCGUCCGAGUAUCUGCUUCACGCGAGCAUACUGUCCAUGGUCGAGUUCGACGAGGAUAUAUUCGCAGCCGGGAAUUGCUACGACAAGUUGCAGUACAAGGAUCGCUGGCUCUACUGCCCGUUCGCCCACCGCCUCCAGGACCAGGACGGCAUACUCGUCAAGGAUCUCGCGAUCGAGUACAAGUAUCUGAGCAACAGCAGCGAGUGGUUUUACAUCGCGAGGAAGAACGCUGAGCGGGUGAUCGCGAAUAACGAUCAGUUCAGCCGCGGUUUUCACACGUACACGUUGAACGAGACCACGCACACGGAACGAGAGGAGGACGAGAUAUUGACGGUGAGAUACGAGGAUGGAAGAUGGUCGAAGCCUUACUACGAUUGCGGGGGUGGAAAUAUUUGGAUGUUGACCUACACCGUCCCCUUCUUCGGCUACGUCAACGAUACUUACUUCUUCAAGGGAACGAGUGGGAUAGAUAUCGACCUACGCAGGCUGGACAUAGAUCAAUGCCCUCUGCCUCCAGGAUCCACUCAAUUGAACAUAUUCGCAGCCAGUGACAAAUGCAAAAAGCGUACCACAGAGUGCAUCGCGAUUCCAGGACUGGGAUUUCGUCGUGGAAGCUAUCGAUGCAUCUGCAAACGUGGCUUUUAUUAUCCCGACAUCAAAUCCACCAGUCGUUACUACAAUGGCACCGUUAUCGAGGAAGAAUUCGAGAAGUUGAUGAUGGGGGAGGAGAGCCAGUACGACGAGGAUGGAGUGUUCGAGUGUCUUCCCUGUGCCGAGGGUUGCGAAUCCUGCGAGGACGACUCCCCGUGCGUGGUAUCCUUGAACUGGCUGAUGAGAACCGCGAUUCUCAUCCUGGAGUGCUGUGUCAUCGCCUGUUUGCCGGCGGUCGCCCUUUUCACUUGGAAAUACGGGAACGUGAAGGUGGUGCGAGCUGCAAGCCCAGUUCUUCUACGAGUCAUUGUGCUUGGUGCGUUCUUCAUAUACUGCACUACGAUAGUAAUGUACCCCCGUCCAAACGUCAUAACCUGCACCGUGCGUGUCUGGCUUCGCGAGAUUGGAUUUUCCCUCACUUACGGCGCUCUCAUGCUCAAGACUUGGCGGAUAUCGGUGAUAUUUCGCGUGAAGUCGGCGAAAGCUGUGAAAAUAACCGAUGGCAGCCUUCUAAAGCGGUUGGGCGUCAUUGUAAUGAUAUUCAGCGUGUUCCUGAGCAUUCGUACAUUGGUGGCGCCACCUGUGGUGAUAGUGGCGCGAACAGCGGACGAUCUGAAAGCUUAUCUGUGCCGGACCGACUGGUGGGAUCACAGUUUCACCACACUUGAGGUUAUGUUCCUCAUAUGGGGCAUCAGGCUGUGCAUCGUGGUGAGAAAGACGCCGUCGGAGUUUAACGAGAGUCGAUUCAUCUCGAUGGCCAUUUACAACGAAUUUCUAUUGUCAGUCUUCCUCAACGUCUCUAUGUUGUUCUUGCAGUCACCAGCCAAUCCGGAUUUACUGUACGUGAUAUUUUUCUGUCACACCCAGCUCACGGUCACGUUGCUGCUCUGCCUCAUAUUCGGCAGCAAGGCCUACAUGGUGUUCCGUAGCGGGGGCAAAGAGGACUCGAAACACUCUGGAGCCACUGGGAAAUUUCUGGGGAAAGGUGGCCGCCCGCCUGGUACCAGCAAUCAGACAAACUCGAUAUCCCUUCAGCAAGGAAACUUCACGGACGAAAGUGAUGGAGCGACGGAGGAAUUCCGUCGAUUCAUCAAUCAAUUAGAAGUUUUGAAAGAAAAGAACGUUCUGCUCGGUAAUCACCAUUUGGUGAACAAGCUCGCAGCGAUGCAAGAAGCCGCGAAUCGAGCCGAAACGCAGGUGUCCACGAUCCAGGCGAUCUCUUCCAGUAUGAGACUGAACGAUCUCAAUGGAUCUACGACAAUCGCCGAGACAGAUGUUGGAGGUUCCUUGAAAGGCGACAGAAAAGGUGGGGAAGUGAAAGGAGGGAAGAAAUGCGAGGCGUGCGUGGAAAAGAACGGAAUCAGAGGCGUGGAUCAAGGCUCGUCGAAAGAAGGAGGAGAGGCACUCGUUUCCGUCGAGAUGAAGAAACCAAUGAGAACCAACGACGUUGCAGUCUCAACCUCUGGUAGGCCCGCCACCGAGGACAUCGGAACGGAGACGAAACACGAGGAGAGGAAAAGCGAGGUUAGGGAACGGGACAAGAGCAAGAGUAAAUCCGGCCAUGCGAGGACGCAUGCUAUAGUCAUCAAUCUGGACGAUAAAAGCAGAUUCUCUGAGGAAGUCACCGUGUAAAGGAUUAUUGGUUUCUGUGAGUCCGGUGAAAAUCUUCUUUCUCCAGUUAUAUUUGAAUAUAAAGAAAUUUGAAAUGGAACGAACUCGAAGGAGAAAGAGAAAUUUUGUUCUAGAGAGUGUAAAGCUAGGGAAUUUUGGUGCUGGUGUGUUCGUGUUUCAUUUCGAUCCCGGUUUUCUUUUAUCGUUUUAUGUUUUAUAAAAAUACGUUUUGGAAAUAUUCGAUUCAGAUGGAAUAUAUAAUUGCAGUGAGAUGCCAAUACGAGAAAAAUUUUCUUAGGAUUUAAUUUUUUUCCUUCUUCUCGAUUCUUCAUUUUGAAAAGGAUAAUUUUCUUCGUUAGUUCUAAUCUAAAUAUAAUGUAACGUGACUCUAGAAUAUUUCGUUUCUCUUUAUUCAAUUUGAUCCUGACAUCUAUCUUUUCUUUCGUUUAAUUUCUUAACGAUAAAAAAAUUAGAUAAAAAAUACAAAUUUCAAAGUAAAAUCUUCGAUCUUGUUGAGCUGCAUUUACAUCACAGAUAAUUUUUGAUUGAAUAAUCGAAUCGCUUCGUUCGUUGUAAAACACAGUCCCCAACCAAAUUGAAAUUCUGAUUUUUCAACUCGAAUUAGACCAUUGAUCGAUCUGAUCCUUCGAAAAGUUACGUCUAAUACGAACGUUUGUAUUAAUUAAUAAAAACAGAGAAAAGUAUAAUUCCAUUUAAUAAUUUAUUUUUUCAAUUAAAACGACAUUAAGUUGAAAUUUUCUUUGUUUAAAAUUCACAAAAAAGAGAGGAAAUAAUGAAUCUUUCCCAGACUAACUUUUCCAUUUUAAAUUUAGAAUUUUCUCUUGAAAUAAACGAAAGUUUUAACCUCUAUUUCAUUUCGACAUUGAAACAAGUUUAACAAACGUGCGAACUUUGUAAAUACGUACAAGUUAACGAACUGUGUGUGAGCACGAAUAUUUUAACGAACGUUUUAAUUAUUUAGUGCGUUAAAAGAAAAUUGUGACAACGUGAUGACAAGCGACCUGAAACGUGUUUCGAAAAAAAAAAAUGAAAGUGAAAAAACUACGUGUUUCAUCAGUAAGUUGAACGUUACUUCGAACGAAAUAAAAAAAAAAAAGUCAGAGAGGAAGAACGUGGAAAUAAAU